GUUCAUUCAUUCUUCCUCAAAGUGCUCACCGUGUCGAAUGGUGUACCUUGCGAUUCUGAGUCUUGGACGUGGCAGACCAAUGCCGGUAUUUGGUGAUAAUAAAGUAUUCUCAUAGUGAAGUGAAAAAUGGCCAACUUUCAAUUAUGUCUUGUUGUAAUUUUAACUGUCCUGCCAAUAAUAUGUAAUGGCCUCCUGGAAGGGCUGUACUGUGGCAAGGAAAAUUGUUACGACGUUCUGGGAGUGACCCGCGAUUCUUCGAAGCAAGAAAUCUCGCGAGCUUAUCGUGUAUUAGCCAAGAAAUUCCAUCCGGAUUUGCACCGAGGUGAAGAGGCCAAGAAAAUAGCAGAGGCCAAAUUCAAGGCGAUAGCUACCGCCUACGAAAUCCUGCGCGAUGACGAAUCCAAGACCGAUUAUGACUACAUGUUGGACAAUCCGGAAGCUUACUAUGCUCAUUAUUACCGUUAUUAUCGGCGAAGAGUUGCCCCUAAGGUGGACGUGAGGAUUGUUCUAAUUGUGACCAUCAGUAUAAUAUCCAUCAUCCAGUACUACAGUGGCUGGCAGCGGUAUGAGUCGGCCAUAAAGUAUUUCGCUACCGUUCCCAAGUACAGGAAUCAAGCGAUGGGUAUGGCUCAGGAUGAAAUCAACGAGAAGAUUAAUAGAAAAGGCAAAAAUAGACUGUCGAAAGCUGAACAGAAAGAGGAAACAGAAAAAAUCAUCCGCAAAGUAAUCGAAGAGAAGAUGGACAUCAAAGGAGCAUACGCAAAGCCUUCCAUUCGAGAUAUCCUAUGGAUUCAGCUUGCCCUACUACCAUACACAAUUGGCAAAUAUCUAAUAUGGUAUGCUCAAUGGACGUGGCGAUUUAAUAUUCUUAAACAACCCUACGGCGAAGAGGAAAAACUUUAUCUGAUUCGUCGAAACAUGAAAAUGAGUCAACAUCAAUUCGAUGCAGUUGAAGACGAUAAAAAGUUGGAGUACCUUGAACUCGAAUUGUGGAAAUGGGAUGUAUUUACUGCGUGGAAACAGGAGCAAGAGGAUGAAAUGAAGAAGGCUCUAGCAGAAAAUCCUAGAUAUAAACAAUAUAGAAGAUACAUGAAAAACCAUGGACCUGGGCGGCUCACCUUUGAAGAUUAACUGAAUCUCUAUUGGUCAUUGAAAUCAUUCGAAUCAAGUUUUAUUGAUUUGAUAUGUAGACAAAAUUCAAUCAUUUGUACAUCCAUUCACGCACCUAUGUGUAAGCCUAAUUUAAUCUUUAUCCAAAUGUCUCAAGAAUUAUCGUAAUAUAUUUGUCUAAUUAGAACACUUGAUAAUAUAUUUGUUCUCUGUAUUUUAAUUGAAUGUUGAGGAUCUGUAGAACAUUUGUUUAAACUUUAAGCGAGAAAACAAUUGCAUAAAAGUAAUUUUGUUUGCAGAGUGAAGGAAAACGGGUUGAAAUAAUCGAAAGAAUAUACAAAUUAAUCUAUACUUGAGGUCACUGAUCAUGUUGUCGACGGUUCUUGUUAAUAUUAUGUUCAUAGUGAUGAUAUAGUGUCAUAAGCAUUCAUUGGGUCUAGAUUUUAAAUCGGGGAUUGUGAAAUAAAAUAAUAAAAAUGUGUAUAUUUCCAAAAGA